AUGGAGGUAUCCACUCCUUCGGAGCCUCCAGAUAAGGUUAUGCAUGAUGCAACGCAUGUCAAUAAAGCGACGGCUCAGGCUAAGGGCUCGCAAUCAUUCAGGGAGGUGGUUGCGUCUUCAUCCCAAUGGUUUGCAGAGGCAAGGAAAAUUGUGUCCGCAUCACGGGAUUGGGAGGAUGGUGAUGAGUUAAGUCCAGAGGGUGGUUUGGCGGUCAAGUUCGACAAACUAACCUUGGACAGGUUAAGAUCGCCAUGGAGGUUAACUUUGAUGGGGAAAUGUCUUGGGAUCAAGGUUCGUUCAGCAUACAUGGAAUCUAGAGUUCGAGCUAUGUGGAGGAUUAAGGGAUCCUUAGAGGUUAUAGAUGUUGGGCAUGAUGUGUUUUUGUUUAGGUUUACUCAGCCGGAUGAUUUUGAAAGGGCACUUUUUGGUGGCCCGUGGUUCAUACUUGAUCACUAUCUUAUGAUUUCUACAUGGAAACCAAAUUUCCGGCCGUCAAAGGAUGGUUUUGAUACUAUGUCGGUUUGGAUACGUAUUGAUGAACUUCCAGUUGAAUAUUAUGAUAAGGAGGCACUCUUUGCGAUUGCACAGUUGGUUGGUAAGCCGAUCCGGGUGGACUAUGCAACCGAUAAGGUCACUAGGGGUCGUUAUGCAAGAGUUUGUGUGGAAAUAAUGUUGUCAAAACCUUUGAUCACAAAGGUUUGGAUUGGUGGGGCCUGA